UUGAGGUGGGGAUCUGGUGUCUUCUGGGAAGAGGACGUUCCUAGGGAAGCCCAUGCUUCGAAGAAGUGCCUGGGUCCACGUGAAGGGCUGCGACCCCGGGCGCCGAGCCCGCUGCCCGGCCCCAUGGCGGGGGCGGUGUCCUCGGGUCGUACGGGGGGCUCGGCCUGGGCGUGGCGGCCGGUGGCGCAGGACGCGCUUCUGGCUCGGGCCUUCCAUUCGUGCACCGAGUUGCGCGGACGGUUCUAUCUGGUCGGGGGUCUCCUGGCGGGUGGAGCGAGAGAGCCCAGCGGCGACACAGUGGUCUUUGAUCCAGCUCGGGACCAGGCCGUGCAACUGGUAGCCCCGGGCGGCCCCCGGCGCAGUCACCACGACGCGGCGUCCGUGGGGGGCCGUUGGCUGUGCGUGGUGGGGGGCUGGGACGGCUCACGCCGCCUCACCACCGUGGUCGUGCUGGACACCGAGCAUAGCACGUGGGAGACGUGGACUGCAAGCCCUGGUAACUGUCCCCCGGCUGGCCUCAGUAGUCAUACGUGCACUCGCCUCUCGGACCGAGAGCUGCGGGUGUCCGGCAGAGAGGGGGGGAUCCGCACCCAGCGGCGUUAUGGAAGCAUAUACACGUUGAAGUUGGACCCAGGCACCCGCACCUAUAGCUAUAAGGAAGAUGGCUGCCAUACGACCUCGCGUUCAGGUCACUGUGCUGCCCUGCUGCAAACUCCAGGCCCCCACCCACGUCAUCAGCUGUUGCUCUUUGGGGGUUGCAACUCGGCUGAACCAGAAAUAGCAGGACAGUGGAGCCAUGGGAAAAUUAAGGAGGAACCACCCAGUGCUCCUCAACUGACGGAAAAGCUUGCAAGGCUUGUGAGCAGUGGGCAAGGGUCCCAGAGGGGGCCCCAAGGACUGCGGCAUCAUUCCUGUUCUGUCGUGGGGCCCUUUGCCGUACUGUUUGGUGGAGAAUCUCUGACCAGAGCUAGAGAUACCAUCUGCAAUGACCUGUACAUCUAUGAUACCCGCAGUUCUCCACCUCUGUGGUUCCACUUCCCAUGUGCAGACCGUGGGCUGAGACGCAUGGGUCAUCGCACUUGCCUUUGGAAUGAUAAGCUGUACCUGGUUGGGGGUUUUGGUGAGGAUGGCAGGACAGCUAGCACACAGGUUUGUAUCCUGGACCUCUUCAUCUAAGUAGUGCCAAGACACAUAGCCAAGCCUGUUUUGCUUAAAUCUGUACAGCAUUUAUCACUAGAGCUAUUGCUCAUUUCAAAUGCUUAUUAAACUUCAAUCUGAAAGUGAA